CUAAAACGUUACGUGUGCCGAGUGCCGACCAAUAAAAGAACAAUAAUGUUUAGUUGUUUACUGCAGAGAGUCUUGAAUAGAGAGCAUAGGAGGAGGUGAUAUCCAGCAAAGUCUUCGCCUUUCAAUCUCUGUGAUGGACUGUUGAUUUCUUUGUAAGCCUUUGGACAAGAGGGCGAGGUGUGUGUGUGUAUUGGUUGUAGUAGAAAAACUCGGAAGAUACUAACAGCAAAUGGGUCUCUAGUUCCCUCUUGUUACCCAAAACCUGCUUUAGCAUCUACAACAUUCUGAGAAUAAAUAAAAAAAUGCAUCUGUGGCCAUCGUUGAAACUUAGAAACUCUUUCAAGAGCACUAGCAAGAAGAGAUAUCAGAGGACUAACAGCAGCGGGCAACACAGCCAAAGCAAUCAACAGAGACUCCUAGAAUCUGGCCCUGAGAUUCCAUCUGGUAGCUGGUUUAGUGUUGUCUGCGGAGAUCUUGCCAUGGUUCUCUCUUGCUGCUUCUGUUGUUUCUGCUGCGGAGCUUGCAUUUAUGAGGAAGAGAAUUGAUGCUAAGCUGCGCCAGAGCUCCCACUGGAGGGAGUAAGUGGCAGAUAGUUAUAUCUCUUAUAAAGUAUACACACUCUUCUCAAAAUGUAGCAUAUCAUUUCCAUUGAAUUUCUGAAUUCAUAUCUUUAGCUUUUCUACAAUCAACUACUCCCUCCGUUUUUUUAUUAUAAAUCGUUUUAGAACUAUACACAUGGAUUAAGAAAAUCUUUAAUUUUUUAGAUUUUCUAGACAAAAACAUCAUUAAUUGUUUAUCUAAUCACAAUUCAACCAAUACAAAAAUAGAAGAUAUUUUAUCAUUGAUUAUACUGCAUUAAGUGUAAAUAAAUUUUACAUAGAAAACCGAAAACGACUUAUAAUUUGGAACAAAUGAACUUCUCUAAAACGACUUAUAUUAAGAAACCGAAGGAGUAUUAUAUUAUACUGUUAAAGUUGUCUGAUUAGUGUUAUUAGUGAACUGUUUUUAAAUAUCUGAAACCAUACUUGUAAUCAAAACUCAAUAAAACACAUUUGUUAUGUUAACUUGUUGGUGAUUCCUCCUCCAUAGCUUCCCCACCUAUUGAUGACCUGCCACAUCAUGAUAACAGUAUCUUCUUUUCUCAUCAUCAAUCCACCAUUCAAAAGUAUGUCAUCUAACGCGCUUUGCAGAGGACAUUGAAUUUCUUAUUUCCCUCGUAUUAAACAAGGAAGAAGUAUUCAAACUUUAGGCCCAAGAUUCAAAUGGAUCUAACUACAUAGCCCAAACUUUGGACUAAUGUCAGUUAAAUACGAAAGUAGUACUCUGUAGCUAGUGUCGGCUCUCGCUCGCUACUUUGUCACUCGUAUUUCCUCGGAGCAUACACACACUGUAGCUACGUGUCUCUCAAACAUCAUCGUGCAAACUGGACUUGAAGGAACCCUAUUCUAGAAUGUCUCAGCCACAGGUAUACCCUGUUGCACAAGAACCACCAGCACAACCGCAAGACUUGCAGAUACAGAGUGAUGACUUGGAAGAAGUAGAGUUGCUACAACAGAACGCUAACGCUUAGCUCUAGAAUGAAGAUCCUUACCCUUACUUCCAUCCACGCCAUGUUUCUGUACUUUGUAAUUAGUUUCCAUGGUUUUAGCUUCACCCCACCUUCACUUCUUUAGACAUUGAAUCUUACGUAUUUAUGUUGGGUCCGAGUCCAUUUUAAUAUAUGUAUCAACCUAUGGUUUUUGAUC